AUGGCGUCUUCGGCGUCCGCCCUCGAGAUCGAGGCUGGCUACGUGGUGAAGAUGAUGCUUCAGUUCUGCAAGGAGAACUCGCUGCCCCAGACGUUCCAGACGCUGCAGAACGAGUACCAGGUACUGCACAACACGGGCGACAGCAUGGACACCUUCAUCGCCAACAUCAAUGCUGGCUGCUGGGGUGCCGUGCUGCUGCAGGUCGCCCAGCUCAACCUGCCACGCAAGAAGCUUGAGAACCUCUACGAGCAGAUUGUUCUGGAGAUGGUAGAGUUAGGUGAGCUCGACUCCGCCCGUGCUAUCCUUCACCAGACCCAGGUGAUGGGCGUCAUGAAACAGGAGGAACCUGAACGCUACCGCCGACUAGAGCACCUCCUUGUCUGCACAUACUUUGAUCCCAAUAAGGCUUACCAGCAGUCCACCAAGGAAAACCGUCGUGCGCAGAUUGCCCAAGCUAUUGCUUCCGAAGUUUCAGUAGUCCCACCAGUUCGGCUAGUGACACUGAUUACCCAGGCUUUGAAAUGGCAACAGCACCAAGGCUUAUUACCACCUGACACCCAGUUCGAUUCAUUCAGAGGAACCGCUGCAAUGAAGCAAGAUGAAGAAGAGGCAUAUCCUACUACUUUGUCACAUCAAAUAAAGUUGGGGAAGAGAACCCAUGCUGAGUGUGCUCGAUUCUCACCCAAUGGUCAGUUCCUUGUUUCAUGCUUGACGGAUGGAAUCAUCGAAGUAUGGGAUUAUACUAGCGGCAAGCUAACAAAGGAUCUUCUGUAUCAAACCGAUGAAAGCUUUAUGAUGCAUGAGGUGGCUGUGCUCUGUGUUGAUUUUAGUAGACUGUCUGAUAGACUUGCAUCUGGAUCAGCGGAUGGAGAAAUUAAGGUUUGGUGUAUUCAAACUGGGGAGUGCUUGCAGCGGCUCGAGAAUGCACAUGAGAGAGGUGUUACAAGCGUAACAUUUUCACGUGAUGAAUCUCAGAUAUUGAGUACCUCUUUUGACACUACUGCAAGAAUCCACUGCCUUCAGUCAGGGAAGAUGCUAAAAGAAUUCAGUGGUCACACCUCAUUUGUGAACAAUGGCAUCUUUUCUACCGAUGGUACUCGUGUUAUCACAGCUUCAAGUGAUUGUACUGUUAAGGUAUGGGAUUUGAAAACAGCAGACCUUUUGCAAUCAUUCAAGCCUCCUCCUCCUUUGAGGGGAGGAGAUGCAGUUGUUAACUCUGUCCACUUAUUUCCAAAGAACAGUGAUCACAUUGUUGUCUGCAACAAGUCUUCGUCAAUAUUCAUCAUGACUUUACAAGGACAGGUUGUAAAGAGUUUCUCGUCUGAACGGAAAGGAGAUUUUGUUGCAGCUUCAGUUUCACCGAAAGGAGAAUGGAUAUAUUGUGUUGGUGAAGACAUGAAAUUGUAUUGCUUUAGCCAACAGUCGGGGAAGCUGGAGAAUCUAAUGAAGGUCCAUGAAGAGGAUGUGAUUGGCAUUGCGCACCACCCUCACAGGAACUUGGUUGCCACCUAUGCCGUAGACUGUAUGAUGAAGUUAUGGAAGGAUUAAGUAUGUUCAUUCAUCUUUUCUGGUCAUGUAGCUUUUUUUAUUUGUCGAGAUCUGAUCAUGUAGCUUUUAGGGACCAUAUUAUCCAGCCAUGUUCCAAGUGCUAUUUAAGAGGAUGUAUUUGAUUUGUGUAAUGUACAGAAC